CGCUGUCCCGUCCCGUCCCGUCUGCCCGCGCCGUCAGGGGAAGGCAGCGGCACCAGGCAGCCCAGCAUGGCACCGGUCGGAGGGACCCCCAAGCCGCCCAAGAAGGGUAUCCUAGAGCGUCUAGAUUCUGGAGAAAUUGUGAUUGGAGAUGGAGGAUUUGUCAUUGCCCUUGAAAAGAGGGGUUAUGUAAAAGCUGGGCCUUGGACUCCAGAAGCUGCAGUAGAACACCCAGAAGCAGUCCGCCAGCUUCACCGGGAGUUCCUCAGAGCUGGAUCAAAUGUUUUGCAGACAUUCACCUUUUAUGCCAGUGAAGACAAACUAGAGAACCGGGGAAACUAUGUAGCUGACAAAAUAUCUGGCCAGAAAGUAAAUGAAGCUGCUUGUGACAUUGCACGGGAAGUAUCCCAAGAAGGAGAUGCUUUGGUGGCAGGAGGAGUCAGUCAGACACCAUCAUACCUCAGCUGCAAGGAUAAAGCAGAAGUUAAAGCAAUUUUCCAAAAGCAGCUAGAGGUCUUUGUUGAAAAGAAUGUGGACUUCUUAAUUGCAGAGUAUUUUGAACACGUUGAAGAAGCUACCUGGGCAGUUGAAGUCUUAAAAGAAUCUGGGAAGCCAGUUGCAGUUUCUUUGUGCAUUGGUCCAGAGGGAGAUAUGCAUGGUACACCUCCUGGAGAAUGUGCUGUCCAGCUGGUAAAGGCAGGUGCUUCUAUUGUUGGGGUGAACUGCCAUUUUGACCCAGACACUUGCCUAAAAACUGUGAAGCUCAUGAAAGAGGGCUUACAGGCUGCUAAGCUGAAAGCACACCUGAUGUCUCAACCACUUGCUUUCCACACCCCUGAUUGCGGGAAGCAGGGUUUUAUUGAUCUUCCAGAAUUUCCUUUCGGUCUGGAACCAAGAAUUCUCACCAGAUGGGAUGUUCAAAAAUAUGCAAGAGAGGCCUAUAACAUGGGAAUCCGGUAUAUUGGAGGCUGCUGUGGAUUUGAGCCUUAUCACAUCAGAGCAAUAGCUGAGGAGCUGGCCCCUGAAAGAGGAUUUUUGCCAGAGGCUUCUGAGAAACAUGGUAGCUGGGGAAGUGGUUUGAGCAUGCACACCAAACCUUGGGUCAGAGCAAGGGCCAGAAAAGAGUACUGGGAGAAUCUGCUGCCUGCUUCAGGCAGGCCAUACUGUCCUUCAAUGUCAAAGCCAGAUGCCUGGGGAGUGACAAAAGGAUCUGCAGAGCUGAUGCAGCAGAAAGAGGCAACAACUGAACAACAGCUGAAAGAGCUCUUUGAGAAAGAGAAGUUCAAAUCCAAUAUGGUUGCUUAAAUGUCAUCUUGAAUUAUGUAUGGAGCCCUUCCAAAUGUGUUUCCUUACCAUUUGGAAUUUGUGAGGGCAUGUGUCCAUGUUUAAUGUACCAGUUGACAUGUAACAGUGAAACUAAAUGCAGACAGACUGUGAUUACAAAUGAUCUAUAUCAAUCCUUGAUAAUAAACUACUUUUCUGUAAGAAC